AGCCGUUGACGGUCGACCAAGUAACUUCCAUGAAGGUGGAUCGUAUGGUCACACCCCUUCAUAUAUAUCAUCUGCUAUUGGCAAGAGAUCUCUAAACACUCACCUCCUAAAUCUUCUCGUCGAUCGGAUCAAAUAGUAGUCAGGACAAAUCAUUGUAGCUGCUUACCAUGAGUAAUAAAGUCUUCUGCUUGGCCGAGACAAAGGUUGCAGUAGCGAGAUCUAUGAGUUUUGGUGACAGAGAAUCCAACAAGAUCUUGAGAAAAUCGAUCAGUUUCAAAAGAAGUGAUUCGUCUAAUAAGAUGGUAUCCAGCGAAGUACCAGGGAUGGAGAGAUCACUGAGCUUCAAGCACUGGGAGCCCCAGGUGACAAAGAUCGAAGGAGCAGCUACUGAUAAGCAGGCCGUAGAAGAACUCAAGAUUCAAGCAAAUUUUCCAGCGCCGAUUGUCGAGCUCCCCCAGCGGCAGCUGCUCGAGUUCUCAUCCCCGAGGCCAUUAUGCGAACUCGAUGCAGCAGCAACCACGCUGCAAAAGGUCUACAAGAGUUACAGAACAAGGAGGAAUCUUGCAGAUUGUGCAGUACUUGUGGAAGAAUUCUGGUGGAGAGCACUUGAUUUUGCAUCUCUCAGAAGCAGCUCUGUGUCAUUUUUCAACGUUGAGAAGCCGGAGCCUGCAGUUUCUAAGUGGGCAAGGGCAAAGAAAAGACUAGCCAGAGUUGGUAAGGGUCUCUCCAAAGAUGAGAAAGCUCAGCAACUAGCAUUGAGACAUUGGCUAGAAGCUAUUGAUCCAAGACAUAGGUAUGGGCACAACUUACAUUUGUAUUAUGAUAUCUGGUUUGCAAGUGAAAGCACCCAACCAUUCUUUUACUGGUUGGAUGUUGGAGAUGGAAGAGAAGUGAAUCUUGAGGAGUGCUCGAGAAACAAGCUUCAACAGCAGUGCAUCACAUACCUUGGUCCGGUGAGCUCCUUGUUCAAAUCAUUAGAUUUAUGUUCUGUAUUUUUAAGUGAUGUAAUACUGUGUCGUAUCCAAUAUGAUCAACCCCUAGCUUAUGAUUUUGAAGCAAUAUAUCUCAUUGCGUUCAUUUACUUGCAGAAAGAGAGGGAAGGAUAUGAAGUCAUAGUAGACGAUGGAAAGCUGGUUUACAAGAAAAGUGAGAUGCCAGUGAAUACUACUGAGGGUUCCAAAUGGAUAUUUGUUCUCAGCACAUCUAGAUCACUAUAUGUGGGGAAGAAGAACAAGGGCACAUUCCAACACUCCAGUUUCUUAGCUGGGGGAGCAACAACAUCAGCAGGAAGACUAGUUGCGAAAGAAGGCAUACUCCAGGCUAUAUGGCCAUACAGUGGUCAUUAUCUUCCGACAGAGGAAAACUUUAAGGAGUUCAUCAGUUUUCUGGAGGACAAUAACGUGGAUCUAACCAAUGUUAAGAAAUGUUCCGUCGACGACGACGACUACAACUUAUCCAACAAGGGCCACGCCAGCGACCUCCCCGAAGUACUCUCCCAGGAGGCGAUCAAAUCCAAGGUCGAGGCAAGCAAAUGCGACCCUCGGGGGACAGAUCAGCGAUCCGAGAAGCCGGCUCCGACUCCGGUCGCCAGGCAGCAAUCCCGGAAGUGGGCGACGGCGGCCGGCGCCCGGAUCAGCUGCGUCCGGGACUACCCGUCCGACCUCCAGUCGCGGGCGCUGGAGCAGGUCAACCUCUCGCCGCGCGUCGUCCUCUCCCCCAUCACCAACAACUUCAACGCCCCGAUCCCGUCGCCGCGGCCGAGCCCUAAGGUCCGCGUAUCGCCGCGGGUACAGUUCAUGGGCAUCCCGACGCCGGCGGCGUCGCCGUCGCAGUCACGGCUCCCGUACAUUGGCAUCCCCUCGCCCAAAGUGUCCCUCCGGCUCCCCAAGCAAAAGACGAGGACGGCGUGAUGCGAUUCGUUAAUAAGAGAAUUGCGAAUUUGGGGCUUAAGAAUUUUUUUUCUACGAUUAAUAAUUAUUUUGUUCGUUUGAUUUAAAAUUUAUUUUAUUCAUUAGAUCUAAUUGAUUGAGCUAAAAAUAAUUCAUUGUAGCAGAUUAUCUAAUAAACUCCUCUUAUUUUACCAA